AUGGCAAAAAGCCGCGGCCUCACACCCGCGGCAUCAAUGACGGCAGCGGCACCGGCCAAGAAGGGCGGUGCAGCACGCCAUGCCAUCACGGCUCGCGCAUCGAGAGGUGCUGUGGUGGCUCGCCGGCUACUUCAUCGCUCGUCAUUGUGGACCGUUGCUCCAGUCGAGCGGCUUGGCGGUGGUGGCUCAACCCAAACUCUCGAGCCUUUUAACGUUGCCGCGCCAAGACGCCAGGCAGAUGCCGCCCACAGGGGCUGGCUAGAUAAGAAGCUGUGGCGGCAUUUGAUGGCUCGGGCAUGUAGGAUUGCCACCUGCGAUAUAGAUGGUUCUCAUACGCGCUGUCAACUUUGCCCACGUACAGCGACUUGA